AUGCGAAAUCGAGACCUCUCCGGUCUGACUCUCGUGUCGCCCAUGUCGCUCGUUAGCGGUUCGCGGCUAGCGAGAGCCCCAGACGCGACGUCGAUCCGCGCGGCGUCUGGAUCUUCCGAGCCGUCAAGUGCAGGUAGUCCGUUGCGCUGGGGGGUGAUCCGCUGGGCGGCGGCGCCUACAGGGUCAGUGACAGUGGCGUUCCGUCUGGCACGGCAGUGCGCGUACGGGCAGAAAUUCUUCGUGUCGGGCGCGCACGAGGCGCUGGGCGGGUGGGAUCUGAAAAAGGCGAUACCUGGGGAGUGGUCUGAAGGGCACGUUUGGACGGCCACGGCGGUGGUACCUCGUGAUUCGUCUCUGCCGUUCAAGUGUGUGAUGGUGGGGAAGCGAGGCGAGAUAGAGUGGCAGAAGGGCGGCAACCAUUGUCUUGACACCACAGCAGUGGGCGCACUCGGGCAUGAGGUUGUGAGGAGCAGCAUUGUGACAUGCUGGGAUGAUAGGAUGAUAGGAGGAUAG